UACAUAAAAGCCUCCUGAACGCACAAAAACGGACAAACUCUCUUCAACCUGCAUCGAGAAAGAAAAACAUGCAGGCUCUUUUCCAGCUUGGAGUUUUGCUUCUAAUUUUAGGAGCGGCGCAGUGUAAGGAUCAGCUCCUCAGCGACAAAGACCUCGAGGUUUACACGUACGAGCGCGAUCUGCAGGAAGAAGACGGCGUUCCUGGUUUGUGUCAUGUGUGUACAAAACUCGUGGGUCAAGUCCUUAAAAUGAUUGGAAAUGAAGUCUCAAAGAACAGCAUCGAUCAGGCUCUUAACAAAGUGUGUGAAAAACUGAAAGUUAUACAAAGCCCUUGCAAGAAAUUGAUUAAUAAAUACAGAGGAAAGCUGGUUAACAUCAUCAUGUCUACAAGGCAACCCAAGAGAGUCUGCAAACUUCUGAAACUGUGCAUAUUCCAUGAAAAUAAAAUGUAAGACAUUUCUAGAUACAGUGGAACCUCGGCAUACGAAUAUCCUGUCUUAUGUAUUUUCACCUUAAGAAUUGAAUUUUGCAAGCAAUUUGCUUUGGCAUACGAAGCAUUUUCGGCAUACGAACAGAACCAAACCAAACACCGGCUAAGUUUCGCGUACAUCCGAGAGCCGUUCAAAACGUGUUAGCGUCAGUGAAAAGCCAAGCGAAGCAAACUGAAGAGAGUUUACGAAUUUGUUUUUCAGUCAGUGAAAGCUGUUAGGAAAGAGUCAACCCACGAUACCAACGUUACCUUCGGCAUGCGUUCAAAAGCUAGCUGAUUUUUCAGGUGUUUUUUUGUUGACAGAUUGGUGGCGUGGUCUGUUCUAUUUUUAGCCCAGGCUUGGUGGCACGACUUCCUGUGAGGACCCUUGACAUGGAAUGCUUGGCUUGGGUCAGUUCUUUGUAAGCAGCCGUACAGUUUCCAUACGCUUCAUAUUGGGAAUAUUGCUCAUAUUUUUGGACAGCUGGAACGGAUUAUCUGCAUUUACAUUAUUCCUUAUUUCUAAAAUUCGUUUCACAAUACACAUUUUCACCUUAAGAACCAAUUCAAUUCCUAUGCUGAGGUUCCACUGUAUUCUCAUUCUGCUUGUGCUUAUUCCGUGUAUUUCUUCAAAAAUGUCCGGACAUUUGGGUAGCCUACAUUUGUGAGGAACUGCUGGACUGUUCCCUGCCAGGCCUGAGGAGGGCGCUGGCAGGUGAACCCAAGAAGCCGGCUUUUUUGUGUUUUUCGAGUUAUACCUGUCCUAUUGUUCUCUCUCCUGAUUGUGUCACCUGUAACCAGUUUACCCUAAUGUGUAGCCCUAUAAAUAGGGAUCCUUCUGCGCAUGUCCUCGUCCGUGAUUGUUUAUCUGUACCGUGGUUCCAGUCCGUCCAUGCUCCGGUCAGUCUUAAGUUUAGUCUUUCUUAUUUUCUGUUAACCGCGCCAUGUCUCAUCUUCCGUCUGUUUCCCCAUGUCCUGUCUUUAUAUAAUAAAAGCAGCGCUUCGCUGAAUCCUGGGUCUGGGUCUGAAUUCAGCCGCAUGCUAGCUGCGUGCAUGUGUGCUCGCACC